GCGUUCAGGGCGCCGAGCCUCUGCUCGUCACAGCUAUCCUUAUCUGAGUGCGUAGUGAUCGUCCAAUUAAUUUCUAAGCCUCUCAUUAGCGCAAGAACCAAGGAGACAAUAAUUGCGUUGCUCAGCAACGGCGACAAACAAUCGCCGCCAUCUUUUCUCCUGCCCGAGUAGUUCUUCGCCAAUGCCGGCGCCGCUGAGCCGCACGAAGGAGAGCGCGCGAAGAACUCCAGCUCCCGUCAGCCCCCGCACCCCUCAGCAACCGCGGCGCUGCGGCGGCGGGCGGAAAAGCGGUGAGGUGGUGAAUGUAAGGAUUCUCCAUGGUGAAGAUGGUCAGCCAUGGAAAACAUAUCACAAUAAUAAUCCAACAGCUUAACAAAUUUAACCCAGAAAAUCAGAGCAUGGAGGAUUUCUGGAAUGAAUCAGCUAAGAUGUUGCAGACUCUUAAUGUGGCAGAAGAAAAAUUUGUAUUGGAAACACUAGCUGGAUGUAUAGAAUAUAAAUCCUUACUGGAUGUAGUAGUCAAUGCCUUUUUUGCUCGUGAGGGGAGAUACUGCCUGAUUUCUGAGCGUAAUCUCUACAUAGUUAUUUGCUAUUUGGCGACUUUUCAACUCGAAGAGCUUGGUCUUCAGCACUUCAGCAGAAUUGUGAAAUCCCUAGACACUGUAAAAAUGCAUAAGUUUCUUAGAUUCUUCUUCAAUGCCUUGUAUUUGAACACAUGGAUAAAAGAUGAAUGGAGUCAGCUGUAUGAUUCGCUGUAUGUAAAGGAGAACUGGAUCGAUCCACUGCUGAGAUGGCAGCCUAAAGUACAGCAGCUGAUAGAACAACUUGCAGAUAAGUUAAGCAGUCGUACUACUGACGUCAAAAUAUCAACGGUCACUCAGCCAAAGGAAUUUAAUUUGACUGUUCCCAAGCCACGUGCCAUUCCUGUACCUCUGCCAAUACAAGUGCUGGAAAAAAGUCCCCCUGUCCCUCCAAGCACCUACAAGCCUCCAAGGGAAAAAAAGCAACUGGAGAAAAUCAAAACAAAAAAUCGCCAGAAAGCAGAAGAUCUGCUUCUGAAAGCAAACACUAACCAGUUCAGGUGUGCGGCCAUGAAACCUGAAAAAGCAGAGUUUGAACUGCAGAACACACAGGACAAUAUGAAGAGCAGGCCAGCUUUCCAGGCUCAGAAGAUCCAAAGCAGGAUCGACAAUUUACCUAUUAAAUUAAAUGCAGCAGCUAUUUUAAGGGAGGGUGCCCUCUAUCAGCGAAAAAUGGAAGAGGAGCUCCAGAGAAUUGAAAAUUUGCUACGAGGGACUGGAGACCCAUCUGAAUUCUUGGAAUGGCAAAAGCAGAUGCGUGGAAAAGAUUUGGAAGAGCAGCUGGCUGAAAUAGAGUGUAGAAGGCUUCAAGGGAAACUGAGUCAUGAAGAGGCCAUUCUAGCCCAUCAGAAUGUAAUUCAAGAAAAUAAGAAGAAAGCUGAUCUAAUGAGAGAAGAGAAAGCAGAGCUGAUGCAUGAGUAUGCAGAGAGAUGUCUACAGGAACAGAAAGAAAUGAGAGAGCUGGUGGAGAAGGUCGUGGAAGGACACAAGAAUGCAAAGCAAGCAAAACUAAAGCUUCAGAAAUACAAACAGCAGAUAGUUCAGGAAGUUUGCGAAGAAAAUCGAGAACUACUUCGGCAAGCUUUAGAAGAAGAGGAAGAGAAACUUAAGAAAAAAUACGAAUUAAUUCAACAAAUACGAGCCAUUGAGUCUUUACCAAUCCUUAAACACAAGUUUGUUGACUUAACUGAGACUGGUGGCCAUGGUUUAAUUUGUGAAAUGUCAAUAGUGGAACUACGUGAACGCCUCGCACUGCUUAGAGAAGCACAGAAGGCAGCAGAGGAAGAGAAGAGAGACCAGAUAAUUCAAGAUAAACAAGCUAAGGAACAACUUCUUCUAGAUAAACUGGACCAGAUUUCCAUUUUCAGAGCAGAACUUGGACGAGCAGCUGCAUUAAAGCAAGAAGAAAAGAAAAGAAAGUCCCAGUCUGGUGAAAGGCAAAUGAAAGAUGAACGCAUUUUAAAUCUGCAGAGAAAAAUUGUAGAGAAAGCAAUGGAGCGUAAAAAGCAAGCAGGACUCUUAAAGAUCACCCCCCAGAAAGCCAAAACUGCAUCAAGAAAGGACUCUUUGCAGUGGAGCCGUGGGAAAGAACUGGAAGAGAGUCGGGAAAGGCGGUUCAAGACUCUUCAGUACGGCUUCAUGGCCAGAGAAACGGACCAGAAAAUGGCUGCCCACGAGGCAGCAAGAAGCGGAGCCGCAGCUUGCAUCCUGCGCUCCCAAGCAAAAUAAAGUACACUUGGAACAAGCCCAGGCCUGCUGGAAAUCUCCCAGUGCAACUAUUUGCUACAAGGUUGAAUUGUAAUCUUUAUUUGAUCUUUACCAUUUUAAUAGCAAAAUUUGGGUCAUUCAGACAUAGUAGAAUCAAAAUGUGUUAAUGUUUUAUAAGGGAAUUCUAUUUUUCAGCUGUAAUCAUAUAUUUUUUUCUGAUUAGAAUGGAAAGCUGUAAGAAACCCAAAUGGCCGGUGUCUGGGUAAGAAUGCUGAGGUCUAUAUUACUGUCAUCACUGUAUACUGUGCCAUGAGUUGCUGUGUUCACUUUCCUAAAGAAUAAAAAUGAGGGGGGAAAAAAAA